GAGCGCGUUCCCACAGCCCCGACUUUGUGCGGUGCGGCCCACCUGCUCCGGGGGGAGGCCCAUUGUGCCCGCGCCAAUUCAUAGGCAAUUCAGCGUGCGCUAAUGGGCUGGCGCCUUUGUGGGCCCGCGCUGCCAUUGGCCGCGAGUGUGGGAACAGCCGCUGGGCCCAGACCCCAGGCCCAGCCUAUAAAGCCGCCGCCGCGGCCCAGCACCCGCACCGCUGCCCCCACAGAAUGGCCCCCAGCACCGUGGCCGUGGAGCUGCUCAGCCCCAAGGAGAAGAACCGACUGCGGAAGCCCGUGGUGGAGAAGAUGCGCCGAGAUCGCAUUAACAGCAGCAUCGAGCAGCUCAAGCUGCUGUUGGAACAGGAGUUCGCGCGGCACCAGCCCAACUCCAAACUGGAGAAGGCGGACAUUCUGGAGAUGGCCGUCAGCUACCUGAAGCACAGCAAAGCUUUCGCAGCGGCAGCCAGCCCCAAGAGCCUGCACCAGGAUUACAGCGAGGGCUACUCGUGGUGCCUGCAGGAGGCUGUGCAGUUCCUGACAUUGCACGCCGCUGGUGACACGCAGAUGAAGCUGCUCUACCACUUUCAGCGGCCCCCAGCCUCGUCCACUGCGCUCACCAAGGAGGUCAAGGGGCCCGGCCAGGCACCCCAGGCCAGCCCCGCCAAGCCCACUGCCCGCCAGCCUGCGGGUGGCCUCUGGCGGCCCUGGUGACCCAGGGGCCUGCGUCACCACCCCCGGGAGGCCAGCCUGCCCGGGGAAACACACCUUCUCUAGAAGGUUCUCCCUGGGCUGCAGGCAACCGGGGUCAUUCUCAGAGAAUGCACGCGAGUCCUUUGGCUGGGAUGUCUGCGUCUGACCCUGCUGGGGUUGUUCAGUGUUUGCGUCUCUGCAAGCGACUUCUAGGAAGUCACCCCGCACAUGCGGGCGUCUAUGACAUUUGUAGAAGCCAGGGCCUGGCUGUAGAGGCCUUUCUGCCCGCAGGCGGGUGUGGUGCCUUUUGUGAAGGCCGGACUAGGUGCAUCCUUGUAGGAAGAGGCACAGGCUGUGGGCUCGAAGUGGGCGGUCUGGUAGGGUAGGGGCCUGUGAUCCUUACAGGAUUCCUCUG